CGAAAACUUCUAGACGUUUUUCAAGGCAAAGGGUGAGCCCCCAUGUAACGUUAUAUAAAUGCCCUUACACACACCAGGGAGUAUUUUAAGCCUGUUGAAGGACGUGUUUCAUCACUGCUGAUGGCUUGCUUUGAUAGUAAUAAGGGGAGUUUGGAGGAGGACAGUUAUGAAGGAGCUGUCUGUGGAGAGCUGUCCAGCUGUGCCUUGGCAAUGCUGGAAAAGGAACAAGAAUCAAUGCUCAGCCCCUCAGAGAGCCCUGGCACCUUCAUCAGCAGCAACUCCAGCAGUCUUCAGGCUGCCGUCCCCCUCCAGGGCUACGACGUGGAGUUCGACCCACCUCUAGAGAGUAAAUAUGAGUGCCCUAUCUGCCUCAUGGCUUUGAGGAAUGCCAUCCAAACACCCUGUGGUCACCGUUUCUGCAAGAACUGCAUUGAGAAGUCCAUUCGUGACACAGGACAGAAAUGCCCUGUGGACAAUGAAAUGCUGUCAGAAGACCAGCUGUUUCCUGAUAACUUUGCCAAACGGGAGAUUCUUUCAUUAACUGUUCGCUGUCCAAAUGCUGGCUGUGAUGACAAAAUGGAGCUCCGACAUUUGGAGAAACAUGUGGUGCAGUGUCAGUUUGCAACUGUGCCUUGCCCACUGUGCCAAAAGUCUGUGAGAAAAAGCUACCUAGAGGAGCACAAAACGAAUGAGUGCCUAAGGAGACCUGUGUCGUGUUCAGACUGUGUGGCAUGCUUUGUAUUUGAGGAGAGAGAGCUUCAUGAGCUGCAGUGUCCCUUUGCCAAUGUCAAGUGCCAGUACUGUGAGAUGGAUCUCAUCAGAGACCAGAUUGGGCCUCAUUGUGAUACAGAUUGCCCAAAAGCACCAAUUGCCUGUAACUUUAGCACCUUUGGAUGUAAGGAAAGGAUGCAGCGCCACAACUUGGCUCAGCACAUGCAGGAGUUCACACAGAUGCAUAUGCGCUACAUGGCGGAGUUCCUGCGUGGCUUUAGCCUUAAUGGCACCACCCCAAAAUCACUCUGGGCACUUGCACCAUCUGUUUCCUCUGAGGAUCAAGGAUCUGCAGCAUCAGUAUCCGCCUCUGGUGGUUCCAGAGGAACUGUAAGCUGCAACAGCAGCUUUGCCCCUUCUCAGCCUAGCGAAGAGAUGCAGAGGCUCCGGGAGAUGGAUGGACGACUGGUGAAACAGGAUCACCAGCUACGUGAGCUCAUCAUCUUAAAAGAUACACGGGCAGGCCAGCUUGCGGAGCUCCAGCGUAGGGUGUCUAUGCUGGAGGACACAGUGAAGGAGCUGGAGGCUCAGCAGUGCCACGGUAUCUUCAUCUGGCGCCUCAAAAAUUUCUCUUCCCACCUGCGGAACCAAGAAGCAGGACAGCCAGUAGUUGAGCACAGCCCAGGCUUCUACACUGGUCGCCCAGGCUACAAACUGUGCCUGCGCUUACACCUGCAGACCCCCAACGCCCCACGCUGCUCCAACUUCAUCUCCCUAUUUGUCCACACCAUGCAAGGAGCUUAUGAUGGGCUGCUGACCUGGCCGUUCCAGGGCACCAUCCGACUCGCCAUCCUAGACCAGGGCCCUGAGGGUCAGCACCACAUGGAGCUGAUGGAGACUAAGCCAGACCUGCAAGCUUUCCAGAAGCCCACCAUCCAGCGCAACCCUAAAGGAUUUGGCUACGUGACCUUUCUGCACCUGACACAGCUGAGUCAGAGAUCCUUUGUUAAAGACGACACACUUCUUAUCCGCUGUGAAGUCACGCCACGUUUCGACAAUGUGUUUCACCGUGAGGGACCAACAGUGCAGCCUAGAGGGCCCGAGGCCUCAGUUUCAAGGGACUAAAAUCAAAAUGAUAUCUAUGGGUUAAUUUACUGUGUCUAUGCCAGUCAUGCUGUGAUGUCAGUAUAGUGUUUCAAUACUGCUAGAUUGAUUUCAAUUGUUGGUUGGUUGGAGGAAAAAGUUGGUGCUCACACUCAUUUAAAAUUUUGACAGUGCAAGCAUUGUUGUAUGCUAGUAUUUAUUUGUUCAUCAACUUUUGUCAAUGUGAUUUUUGUUUUUAUAGAUAAAUGCAAACAUUUUGAAAUUUGUCUUCACACCUGCAUGGUACAAACUUUCAGCAAGCCCCAUACGUUCAAAUAGUUUAAAUAGUCAAUAAUGUAUAAUCAGCUGAAAAUACCAGUUUAAGAUGUCCAUUUGUUUGUUGUUUAUUUCCUGGUUUUUGGAGAAAGCACUGAAUGUUAUAGAUACCUUGUAGAAUCUUUGGCCACUAGUGGUACUGUAGAGCAAUACAUGAAUGAACGUUUUGUAUUUCAUUUUCUACUAACUGUGCAUGCAGAUCCAUAUGUGUACACACAAGCAAGUACACAUUCAUGCUGACUGCAUAGGUCAGAAAUGCAAAUAAGUAGUUGUGUAUAUAAGAAAACCAAGCUCUCUCGAAUUGCACUGGGCUGUGGGACAGUCUCUGUGUCGUGAUUUGAAUCACAGGUCAAUUGAUUGAGUGGCUUGUUCUCAAAAACAUCUUUUCACUCCUCCACAAUUUUUACAAAAUUAAUGUUACACAUGGAAUUUUUGACUAUGUGGAAGGAACCUUCAAGGACUCUAAUGUGCAUACACUGUGGACCUUAAAACAUGGAUGCCUGGACAACCUUUUCUUUGUCAGCGCCAGGUGAAAAACUAAUUUGGAAUUAAUGAGGCAAACUCUUGGAACACAGUCUCCAUUUCUCAGUGAUUUAACCAUGAAGCAUAGGACUAUCAUGUGAACUGGAGAGGUUGAAGCUGCAUUUAUAUGUGCAUAUAUAUGUGUGUGUGUGUGUGUGUGUGUGUGUGUGUGUGUGUGUGU